GGAAAAAAAACCCAACAUUGUUCUCCGGAAAUCUCGUCUACCCAUUUGUUUUCCCUUUAUCCCCCUGCUUUUCCGCAGAAUCACCGCCAUUGCUGCUGUUCACUCUCUCUCCUCUCUUAGCUUACAGGCCAUACUCAAAUAUUUUGUGUCUCUCUGGGACGCAGAGGGAGCAAAAUAGGGUUUUCCUCCUCUAAGCUGGGAGGAAAACUCUUUUGAAGGCACGCGAUAAUGGCAAGCAAAACAUUCUUUUUGGAGUCGAUUAUGUUCUUGCUGCUGCCGCUGCUGCUGCUUCUGCCAGUGUUUGCUAGCUCCAGACAACAUGGAAACCCAGCCAAUGAAAUCGUCGACUUCUUGAACAAGAACAGAACAGCUCAGAAACUGGCCAAACUAAACAACAGUCCAGGACUAGGAUGCAUGGCCCUCCAGUAUAUUGAACUGUGCAAGGGAAACUGCAGCGGAAAUAACGAUGCUGCCAACUGUAAACCCCCAGAUGAUGAUUUCACGGAGGUUUUCGCCCCUAAUUGUGGGGUAGAACUGCCCACAUUGGGUACGUUAACCGGCCACAUCGUCGGCUGCAUGUCCAAGUACGUACAGCCGGAACCCGCAUUCUCAGACAUUCUCGUUAGGGAUAGGAGAGAGUUGUCGAUUCUCGUGAAUAAGUCGCAUACUGGGGUUGGAGUCGGGAUUGUCGGGUUCCAUAAAGGUCCGUUCUUUUGGUGUGUUCUCUUUAGCAAUGGUCAGACGAACUCUACGUUCGUUCUUGAAGAUAACGGCAGGGGAAUCAAGCAGAAGGAAGGGUGUUACAGCGGAAGCGCCUUUGCUUGCAGCAGUGGACGGAUGAUCUCUUUCUCCCUUCUGAGCUAUGCCCUGAGCUUGGCCUUGCUUUUUUGUUUCAUAGACGAUUAGUAAUGCUUUCAGUUAUGAUCACAUUCAGUUGCAGUACUGCACAAGAACCGGAAUCGUGCCCUCAUUUCCUAGAUUCUGAAAGGAAAAAGUUUGUCUUGGUUUCUUUAUCUGAAUUUUGAAUCCUUGGAAGGAUGAAUGGACUCAGACCCGACAGAUUCCAACAAUUUGGAGAGGCCAAUAGUGAGAGGUUGGCGAUGAUUUAUGGUUCGGGUUCUUAGUCAUUUGGUCAAAGUCAUGUCCCCUUCUCUCACUUUUUUAUUUAUUUAUAUAAUCAGGAUGGUUCCCGGGCCUUCGACACGACUACAUCCACUCUAGGCCCGGGACCAGCCUUUAUAUAUAGACCAUUUUGGUCCAGAAAUUACAUCCUUCCCCACCAGUAGAAUCGAACUCAAAAUCUUGAAGAUGAUUUUGUUACUUCUCAGCCACUGAGCCACCAACUGUUGGGUCUCUUCUCUUCUUUGUGUUAAAUGGAUUGGUCCUACUUAAUUGUUCCAUGAAUUAUUGAAUUGGAA